UCCAGGCACGUGAAUGCAGCAGGAGUCACGCGUUGUUUCUCCCCGAGAGAACAAAUAUGGCGGAUGAUGGAGAGUCAUUGGAGUCUUGGCUUAACAAAGCCACCAAUCCCUCCAACAGGCAGGAAGACUGGGAGUAUAUAAUGGGUUUCUGUGAUCAAAUUAAUAAGGAGCUUGAAGGUCAUCAAAUAUCUGUCAGGCUGCUGGCGCACAAGAUCCAGUCCCCUCAGGAGUGGGAGGCGAUGCAAGCGUUAACGGUCCUCGAAGCGUGUAUGAAAAACUGUGGACGGAGGUUUCACAACGAAGUUGGAAAAUUCAAGUUUUUAAACGAGUUAAUAAAGGUGGUCUCGCCUAAAUACCUCGGAGACAGAGUGUCAGAUAAAGUGAAGACGAAGGUCAUAGAGAUGCUGUACACCUGGACCGUGUCUCUUCCUGAUGAAGCAAAGAUCUGUGAGGCGUAUCAGAUGCUGAAAUCCCAGGGCAUUGUUGUAGUGGACCCAGAAGUCUCCCUGGACGCCACGUUAAUCCCCUCACCUUCCCCACGUCCCAAGAAUCCCGUAUUUGAUGAUGAGAAAAAGAGCAAGAGAUUAGCAGAACUUCUGAAGAGCAAAAAGCCCGAAGACCUGCAGGAGGCCAAUCGGCUCAUCAAGAAUAUGGUGAAGGAGGAUGAGGUGCGAUCACAGAGGGCCGCCAAACAAAGGAGCACCUUGGAGGCGGUCAACAACAGUGUGAAACUCCUUAAUGAGAUGCUCGCUCACUUCAGCCCCGACGACUCCACCGAAGCAGAUAAGGAGCUUAUAAAGGAUUUGUAUAGUGACUGUGACAAGCUCAGACAGACGGUAUUCAAACUGGCUACUGAGACUGAAGAUGAUGACAACGGCUUGGGAGAGAUCUUGCAGGCCAGUGAUGACCUCUCCAGUGCAAUUAACUCCUAUAAGAAGAUAGUUGAAGGACAGUCGAUCAGUGGAGACGCUGAUGUAGCACAAGGCACACAAGGCUCGGGAAGCACAAACAAGUCAGAGAUUCUCAUCGACCUGGUGGGUCUGGACACCAAGAGUCCCUCUCAGACCCAGCAGGAGCCUCAGGCAUCGUCUCUGGCUUUUUCCGAGGACUUGCUUUGCGGCUCGACGACCACUGAGCUUCAGCCCAAGAGUGCCGCUGCGCCUUCUGCUGCCCUCUCUCUACUGGAUGAGGAGCUGCUGUCUUUAGGCCUUAAUGAUCCAGGCCCUGUAGUCAUUGAAUCAAGCACCUCCAAUCAGAGCAAUCAUUUAGCACCUUCACAGGACUCCAGUCAACAUUUGGCUCUUUUCGACUCCAGUUUGCCUACCUUUAACGCACUUUCAGCACCUUCGCUCUUUCAACAAUCCCUCUCUACAACGCUAGCACAAGCGACUUCCACCAGAACAGCCACAACUACUUCUGCCUCAGACUUCCCCGGCCCCGCCUUCUCCACGCCUCCAGCUGCUGCGGCUUCGGAUCUGCCGGCACCGCUCAUGUUCCCCCAGCCGCUGGGCUCGGCUCUGACCGCCGCGGCGCCGGCGGGUCCUUCGCCGUCGCACGGCAGGACGGCGCCUGCUCUCCCCGCCGGCCGUCAACACGUCUUCCAGCCCGGACCCUCCUCUCUCAGCCACAAUUUACAGGACCUGGCCAUGCUGGAUCUAAGCAGUGACAUUGGUACCUCCGCGUCAGCGAUGACGGCCGGGCUGCAGGGGUGGUCCACUCCUCCGUCCCUGCGGAGUCACGCGGACGACAGCCCUCUGCUCCGCUCCAUGUCUCCCAUUCAGCCCAUGAGCCAGGCGAGUCCCAGCAAAGGAGACGAGGUGUCCCUGGCUGCUGUUUUUGUCCCCCUGGAGGCCAUCAAGCCAAGUACGCUGUGUCCUGUCACAGCAUACGACAGAAACGGUGUCCGCGUUCUGCUCCAUUUCGCUUCGGACUGCCCGCCCGGCAGGCCUGACGUGCUGGUGAUGGUGGCGUCCAUGCUCAACACAGCCCCGCUGCCCGUUAGGAACAUUGUUCUCCAGGCUGCCGUGCCCAGGACGAUGAAGGUGAAGCUGCAGCCGCCCUCCGGGACAGAGCUGGCUCCUUUUAAUCCAAUUCUUCCCCCUGCCGCCAUCUCUCAGGUUGUGCUGCUCGCCAAUCCUCUGAAGGAAAAAGUUCGGAUGAGAUACAAACUGAUGUUUACGCUGGGAGAGCAGCCCUUCACAGAAGUGGGGGAGGUGAAUGACUUCCCACCUGCUGAUAGAUGGGGGGCUCUAUAGGUGCAUUUUCUCACGAGUUAAUGGCUGUUUUUCUGUUUUAUGUCGGCGCUCUGCUAACCUAAAAACGACACAUGGCAAGUUUGAUUACACCAAAAACUUGAACAAAUGAUGAGUUUGAGAUGGCCCAGUGAAGAAGGCGUCCGAGUUUGACCGGUGGUUAGAACCCAGUGUGACCGGAUUAAAUGUGGAUUAAGGUGUUGACGUCAGGUUCUCAUUAAUAAAUUGUUCUAAUAUAUUUUUCUUUCAAUUUCAUUUUCAUAUUUAAUUCCGUUUGUGUCAUCCGAAUGAACUGAAAUACAAAAAAAAGGCUAAAAUAGCUAAUACUUGAUAUUUCCAAUGAAGUCCUGCUGUUAUGUUUGAUUAGUGCAGGUAUAUAAAUUAGGCACAGGUUGGUUUAGUAGAAGGCUUCUAGUGAGACUUGACUUCUGGGGUUUACAUGUCGUGCUUCAGGCUCAUAUUUAACACUAUGGUUUUUUUUUUAAAUGCUUUUCAGUAUUCUCAUUACAUCUUUGAUUAUUUUGUGAAUGAAAGAAUUGCAUCUGUUAACUUGUUAUAAAAAAAAUCCAAACAAACUGCAGUCAUUCCGCAUAAUCCUCCAACGCACCUAAAUGUCUCCAGAUAUUCUGACAUGUAUCUGUUAUAUUAUGAAUCAACCCAGAAGUGGAUCUGCUUUACAGGAAAAAAAAAGAGAGCUGCUGACAGACUCAUGAGACAAAGGUUAAUGCUGUUUAAAAUCAAUGACACGACGGCAUGCAUAUUGUACAUUUCCUUCUGCCGCUGUUGUUAAACGAUGCGGAAACUGAGCUAAAGGGUAGAUCAGUGUAAAUGAUUUGUGUAGUGAGGGAGCUUCAUGUUUGAAAUUGGAAAUGUUUUGCUCUUGUUAUUUAUAUCCUGAAAACAAUAGUCUUGUUUUCAUUUUUUUGGGAGGUUGCGUGUAUUUAAAGUAUUCAAAUCUGUCAGUGGUAUAUAAAGGUUUCUUUACAUAUUUGUUUUAAAAGUAUUUAUUUGGACUUGUUGGAUUGUCAUUGCCUAUUUUUGAGAAGCUUUUUCUGUGCAUGGAAACAAUAAAAGAGAUGGAUCUAUUUGUAUUAUA